AUGCUAACCGUCCAAUUUCUUAUUACCACCGCCUACGGUGCUGCAUCUUUCUACCUUUACACCCUUAUAGUCUAUAUGAUGAUUAGGAGAUGGAACGAGUAUAACACUACAUUUUUCAAAAUAUUCAUUAUAGAGUAUUGUUUUAACCUGAUUACAUUUGUCAACUCGUUCAUAACCUUACGUGCGCCUCAAAAUACUUGCAAGGAAUGUGUAUUUGCAUUCCUUUUUGAUAGAAGUUCUAAUCCAACCGUGGAUAACACCCCGUUGCAAUACUUCUUCACUCUUCAUUAUGCUAUGGCAUACAUACAGUAUUCUAUGACAUUUCUGAUGGCACUGAAUCGAUUGUCAAUGGUUGUUUUGGUGAAUAGUUAUGAGAAGUACUGGAAGCCCGCUCUCCCCUUCUUCAUAGCCGUCAUCGUGAUUUACCCAUUCUAUAUGACGUGGCCUAUAGCUUCAAACAACGCCUACUAUCUCUACACACCACCAAUGGGAGCAUACGCCACGAAGUCUGUUGUGGACGUCACCGACAUACUCAACAACUUAAUAUAUUUCAUGUUGGGAAUAACUAUUCUGACUGCCGUGGCCAAUGUUCUCGCAGUAAUCCGCCUCGGCUGCCUCCCAUCUCGUAUUAGCGGCGCCGAGAGAAACUUAUUUACAGUUUCCUUUGUUUCCGCUAUAAUUCAACUUCUUGCUCUGGGGGAUACGUUAAUUCUCCGUUUCGGUGUGUCUGACGCAAUGUCUGUCGGCACGCAGACCGCCAAAGUGCUAAUGCCAUUCGUCAGCGAUUUAUUGACCUUGAAUCAUCCUUGGACGCUAAUGUACUUUAGUACAAAGGUUCGAUUGUCAAUGGCAAACGACCAUUUUCCAAGUCUUCGGAAACGAAUCUCCAACAUUCCAAGUUCGGUUUAUUAG